UUAUUCUGAAAAAAAAAAAUUCUAAAUCCCAACUUUUCUCGUUGGAAACAUCUAAAACCAUGCUCUGCUGCUGGGCUGAGACUUCCACACACAGACUUUAAACCCUAGAAAUGUCGUUCUCUAUCUCCGCCCGCCACAUCCGUCGCCUAUCUACGUCAGCCGCCGCCGCUGCCGCCGAAUCCUCCUCUACCGCCACAGUACCGGCGACUUCUUCCAUAUCCAUUUCAAAAGCUAAAUCCAAACUCAGAACCGAGUAUGAUCCCGAUAAAGCUUUGGACAUUUACUCUUCUGUUUCCAAUCACUACACCUCCCCUGUCUCUUCUCGCUACGCUCAGGAACUCACCAUUCGGCGCCUUGCUAAGGCCCGUCGAUUCGACGAUGUCGAAUCCCUAAUCGAGUCCCAUAAAAAUGACCCCAAGAUCACUCAGGAGCCCUUUUUGUCCACCUUGAUUCGAUCUUAUGGUCGAGCCGGCAUGUUCGAGCACGCUAUGAGGACGUAUAAUCAGAUGGAGGAUUUAGGAACUCCUCGAUCGGCGAUUUCCUUCAAUGCUCUGUUAUCCGCCUGUAACCAUUCGAAGCUAUUCGACAAGGUUCCUCAAUUGUUCGAUGAAAUUCCCAAGAGAUUCAAAAUUUCUCCUGAUAAGAUCUCGUACGGGAUCCUGGUUAAAUCCCAUUGCGAAGCGGGUUCCCCUCAGAAGGCCAUACAGAUUGUAAGAGAGAUGGAGAAGAAUGGCGUGGAGAUAACUGCAGUGACAUUCACAACCAUAUUGGAUUCUCUAUACAGGAAGGGCGAGAGCGAGGAGGCCGAGAAAAUCUGGAACAUGAUGAUCUCAAAAGGGUGCGAGAUUGAUGUGGGGGCCUAUAACGUUAGACUGAUGCAUGAACAUGGCGGCAAACCAGAACAGGUACAAUCUCUGAUCGAGGAAAUGGCUAAUUCAGGUUUGAAACCCGAUACCAUUAGUUAUAAUUACUUGAUGACUUGUUACUGCAAAAAUGGGAUGAUUGAUGAGGCAAGGAAGGUCUAUGAGGACAUGGAGGGAAAUGGGUGUAAUAAGAAUGCUGCAACUUUUAGAACAUUGAUAUAUUAUCUCUGUAGAAAUGGGGAGUUUGAGAAAGGGUAUAGGGUUUUCAAGGAGAGUGUGAAGAUGCAUAAGAUUCCUGAUUUUAACACGAUGAAAAUUUUGGUGGAGGGGUUAGUGGAGAAGAAGAAGAUGAAAGAAGCAAAGGGAUUAAUCAGGACAGUGAGGAAGAAGUUCCCUCCUAAUUCUUUGAAUGCUUGGAUAAGAGUUGAGGAGAGUCUUGGUUUGGCUUCUGUUGCUGAUGAUGAAGCUAAAGCAUGAGUGUUAAUUGGAUUUUGUUGAUUUUGAGUUGAAGGGUUUCUUCUCUGUGUCUGUAUUGGCUGAUUCUUUUUGUGCCUAAAUUGAAUUGGUUUUGUUCUGGAAGUUGCAGAUUGCUGCAAACAAUUGGUGUUAUGCCUUUGGCACUGGAGGAAGCCUAAUUGAGAGAGCAGUCAUAUGGGAAUCUGGAGUUGUAAAAG